AUGUCUGCUGUCCCUGAUGCUUCCAGGCCCUUCCCAGGGAAUAUCAGUCCAACAGAGAUCCAUCUCCACUGGUACAGAGGAGCACAGAAGCCUCAGGCAGGAAGGAGCCCAGACUCAGGUCGGAAAACUGAACGAGAAUACUCUUUAGUGCCAAAAGAAUUCUGGAUAUUAGAGCGUGGUGCUAAACUUAUCAGGGUCAUAGGUUUAAUUCCCGUGUGGGCCAUUCCCGCACGAACACACGGCACCCGAACGGCGAGCCUAGCAGCGCUGCGCGUCCCUUCGCAUGGGAUGGGUGUCUUUAAAUUUCACCAGGUAGUUUCAGCGGCGGAGGGGCGGGCUCCUCCCGGGAGCGGCUCUCCCCGGCAUCCCGCCGUGAGGUUCGUCCUCUCGAAAGCCAUGAACGACAGCCUGAAAGGGCAGCCGGAGUUUAUACGGCUGCAGCUGGAAAGUCAACUAGUACUGCAGAACCUGAUAAUGAGACAAACAAUCAUGCAGAUUGCUUGGACAUGAGAAUUUCUCAAAUAUUUUGGGACAUUUUUUGGACUUGCUGCUGUAGUUUUAACAACUGGAGCAGUAAAAAGGAAGAACCCAGCAGUUUUACUGCCAAUACUUCCCUUAAGCUUUGUAUUUUGCUAUCAAUAUGAUAUGGGAUAUGGGACACUGUUGCAAAGGAUUAAAGGUGAAGCAGGGAACAUACUUGACACGCAGAGCACUUUGCUAGAAUUGCCAAAAGGACCACUCACGUUUGAAGAUUUGGAGAAAAUCAGAAUAUCUCAGAGCAAUUUCUUCACAGAAAAAUAG